AUGGUGGUGGAAACCAUUUUCCGGGGGAAUCUUCUAUUUCUUUUUCUUUUCUUUCUCCUUUCCUCCGCCAGCUCAGCAAAGGCAAACGAGCUGCAAACACUCUUAUCCAUCAAAUCUGCCUUACAAGGAUCCAACACCAAAGUAUUUGAUUCCUGGGAAUCCUCCAAUCCUAUGUGUAACUUUUCUGGAAUCACUUGUGAUUCAAGUAAGGCAGUGAAAGAAAUUGAACUCUCCAGACAGAAUCUGACGGGCUUAAUUCCGUUGGAUUCCAUUUGCAAGCUAAAAUCCCUGGAAAAACUCUCCCUGGGAUUCAACUUUUUGUAUGGCCCUGUUACUGGUGAAUUAAACAUGUGUGCUUCUCUCAGAAGUGGAUUUUCAGGAACUUUUCCUUGGAAUUCUCUUGAAAACAUGACGAAUCUUGCUGUGUUAAGCCUCGGAGACAAUCCCUUUGAUCGAACUCCUUUUCCUUCUGCGAUUUUGAAGCUCACGAAACUGAAGUGGCUAUACUUGUCAAAUUGCAGCAUUGAAGGGAAAAUUCGGGACGGGAUUGGAAAUCUUGUUGAGCUGAUGAACCUGGAAUUAUCACAUAAUUAUAUAACUGGGGAAAUUCCUGUUGGGAUUUCCAGACUGAGAAAACUAUGGCAGCUUGAGCUUUACCAGAAUGAACUAACUGGGAAAUUACCUGCUGGAUUUGGAAGUCUGUCGAGCUUGGAAUAUUUCGAUGCUUCAAACAAUAAUCUUACGGGAAAUCUUUCUGAAGUUAGAAGUUUGAGUCAGUUGGUCAGUUUUCAGGUCUAUAAAAAUGAAUUUUAUGGCGAAAUCCCACAUGAGCUGGGAGAAUUCAAGAAACUGGUGAACUUUUCCAUUUACAAGAACAGACUUUCAGGGGAGCUGCCAGAGAAGCUUGGUUCUUGGUCGGAAUUCCAUUUCAUCGAUGCCUCGGAGAAUUAUUUCACAGGUCGGAUACCACCGGACAUGUGCAAGAAGGGUACUAUGAAAAAGCUCUUGAUCCUGCAGAACAAUUUCACAGGCCAAAUUCCAGUAACUUACGCGAAUUGCGAGAGUUUAACGCGUUUUCGUGUGAGCAAGAAUUUGCUUUCCGGCAAGGUUCCUGGCGGUAUAUGGGGGCUGCCUAAUGCUGAAUUGAUUGAUGUUGCAGAAAAUAACUUGGAAGGGCCAAUUACUUCUGAUAUUGGAAAAGCAAAUUCUUUAUCUAGCCUCUUGCUUGCUAAAAACAGAUUCUCAGGUGAAUUGCCAUCAGAUAUUUCAAAGGCUUCGGCUUUGGUUUCUAUUGAUUUGAGUUACAAUCAGUUUAUGGGUAAUAUUCCCCCAACAAUUGGUGAACUCAAGCAACUAAACAGUCUUCAGCUGCAGGCCAACAAGUUAUCUGGUUUAAUACCAGAUUCCUUAGGCUCAUGUGAUUCCAUCACUGAUAUUGACAUGGCUCAUAAUUUUCUUACCGGUCAAAUUCCAGCCUCUCUCGGGUCUUUACAGACUCUUAAUUACCUGAAUUUGUCAUGGAAUGAACUCUCUGGUUCAAUUCCUGGGAGUUUGUCCUCUCGCAGUCUAAGCCUUCUCGAUCUCUCAAGCAAUCAAUUGAUCGGUCCCAUACCGGAGUCUCUUUCAAUUGAAGCUUACGGUAACAGCUUUGCAGGAAACAAUGGCCUUUGUAGUGACAAAAUCAGGAAAUUCCGUCCAUGUUUAUCUGAAUCAGGCACUUCUAGGCACCUUCGAACGGUCUUAUUCUGCUUCAUGGUAGGAUUCAUUAUCAUACUCCUGAUUGCAGGCUUCUUUUGCAUAAAGAAGACAAGCAAAACAGAACGUGGACGAUCGCUGAAGGAGGGUUCUUGGAAUGUAAAGCCUUACCAUGUUUUGAGCUUUACAGAAGAUGAGAUUCUUGCUUCCAUAAAGCAAGAGAACAUAAUAGGUAAAGGUGGUUCUGGCAAUGUUUAUAGAGUUGUUCUUGAAAAUGGCAUAGAAUUGGCUGUGAAGCACAUAUGGCACUCUAAUAAUACCAGUAACCGGAAAAAGAUCUGCAGCACAACUCCAAUGUUGACGAACUGUGGAUUUAGGUCACUGGAAUUUGAGGCCGAGGUUCAAACAUUGAGCUCAAUAAGACAUAUUAACGUGGUUAAGUUGUAUUGUAGCAUUACUAGUGAGGACUCAAGCUUACUGGUUUAUGAAUAUAUGCCGAAUGGAAGUUUAUGGGAUAGAUUGCAUACUUGUAGAAAACUAGCCCUUGAUUGGGAUACAAGGUAUGAAAUUGCUGUUGGUGCAGCAAAAGGAUUGGAAUAUCUGCAUCAUGGUUAUGACAGGCCAGUGAUUCACCGCGAUGUCAAAUCGAGUAACAUUUUGUUGGACGAGGAUUUAAAACCUCGGAUUGCAGAUUUCGGACUUGCAAAGAUUGUUCAGGAAAAUUCGACCAAGGAAUCAUCGACUCAAAUCAUUGCAGGAACUCGAGGGUAUAUAGCUCCUGAGUAUGGCUAUACAAACAAAGUAAACGAGAAGAGUGAUUUGUACAGCUUUGGAGUAGUACUAAUGGAGCUUGUGACGGGGAAGAGACCAGUCGAGCCCGAGUUCGGGGAGAACAAGGACAUAGUUGAUUGGGUAUACAGCAAGUUGAAGAGCAAAGAAAGUGUUCUAAGCAUAGUGGACUCAACUAUUCCACAAGUUCAGAAGGAAAAUGCUAUUAAGGUUUUGAAAACUGCUAUUUUGUGCACAGCCAGAGUUCCUGCAUUAAGGCCUACUAUGAGAACAGUGGUUCAAAUGCUAGAGGAAGCUGAGCCUUGUCAAUUAGUCGGCAUCAUUGUUGGUAAAGAUGAUCAAAAGUAA